AAGAGGUAACUUGCUGUAAUUUGAUUUCAUAUCCAUCAUGUGUCGAUUGUUAGUCACUUUCACGUCGACGCUUCUCAUCCUCACAAUAUUUGAAUCGGUGGGGGCGAGCCCUUACUCAAGGGAUAUUGAGGAGAAUUACAAGACGGAACCAGAUUACGAAACAGGAGUCAAGAUAGCGGAAUGGACCAAGGAAAUGAACGUAAACCCUGAAGAAUUGGGUAACUACUUCGAGGGAGAUAUCAUGAUUUCAAACAGCACCACAAGAAACGGUGAUACUAAAGCAAAGCGUUGGUCUAAUCGACAGAUUCCGUACGUAAUUACUGGCAGUUACACUCAGAAUGAAAGAAACAAUAUAAAUAAUGCGAUAAACCAAAUUAAUACUAAAACAUGUGUACGACUUGUACAAAGGACAAACCAAAAGGAUUAUAUUAAUAUUAAAAGCGAAAAUUCUGGAUGUUGGAGCUGGAUUGGCAUGCGUGGUGGUGAACAACAGGUGAACUUGCAGAGUAAUGGUUGUGCAUAUUCUGUAGGAACUCCCGUGCAUGAAAUCACUCACGCUAUGGGUUUCUGGCACGAACAAACUAGAGAAGACCGAGAUGGUUACGUAGACAUCAAUUGGAAUAAUAUUCCUAAAAGUAUGUGUUUGUAAGCUAUAAAUGUUCAAAUAA